AUGGCUUCUACAGCAACAUAUAGCAAUACUGCGGGAGGCGCCGCUUAUUCUCCCAACUCCAGUGAUGACGAACGCGCAGCGGGAGGACGCAAAGCCAUCUCGACACAACAGAACCUCAACAACUCAUCUCUUCCCCAGCUCCCUACUUCAGACGGGCUUCGUGCACCAGCUGGUGGCCUUCUACGGGGUGCUGUCGAUGAUAAUGGAAAGUUGAAGAAUGCAGGCUUGAUGGUUGGGAUCAAGCUUGACUUGGAGGCGGAAGUGCAUCUCACUGCAAGAAUACGCGGUGAUAUCGUGAUUGGAUUGUACUGA